GGAGAUACAAAAGGGAGGAACAGAGUGGAGAGGAAAGGAGAGAGACAUAGUAAGGUUUAGGAACAAGAAGGAGUUGUUGCUUGUGAUACAGUACAGACAGACAGACAGACAGACAUUUAUUGUCUUCUUGCAACUUCUAGCAGCGGUACCAGUCUGUCUUACACAACUAAGGGUGGAAGUGCAGGCGACAGAGAAAAGGGAGUUGCCUACUAGCAGAGGUCAGGCAGGCAGAGGGGAAGCUAGUGGAUGUUUUUUAAGAGUUUGCUUAUCUGACACUGACAACAGGAUGAGGAGCUGAGUGAGGGAGUAGAGAGGAAGAGAAUCAUGGAGCAAGCGACUUUACCUACAGUACAUUUGCAUAGGAGACAUAGGAGAGACAUGCACUGGCUUCUCUGAGAGAGGUAAAGAGACAGAGGUAAACAGUCCACUUUGUCCAUUCUGUCCAAAGGAGCGGGAGCGAGAGCCGAGGGAUCGUAACACUGGAGCUCAAGGAUAAACCAUGGACUCUGCAUACAUCCCACUACACCUGGACGUCCACCAUGUUCCCUCCUAACCUCCUGCUCCUCAUGGUCCUGCUGCUACCUCAUGGCUCGUCUGGUCGCCAGGGUGGAGACACCAGCGAGAUCGAUCAUGGCAGGGUGCACCCCACACCUUCCGCUUUGUCACCGUCACUCCGGGAUCCCGGUCUGGCUCAGACCAUCCAGAGUCUCCUUUUGAGCCGACUGGGGCUGCAGUCUCAGCCUGACCCAAGGCCUGGAGUGCCGGUGCCACGGUACCUCCUGGAUCUUUACCACUUCCACCAGCAGCAGUACCAUCUAGUAGAGGACCCUUCAUUUAGUUUCCCCAGUCAGCACAUCCAGGAGGCCAACACUAUACGCAGCUUCCACCACAAUGAGCCCCUUGGAGACAGUCUUGGUGCAGAGGAUCAUACCAGAGUGCACAUUUCCUUCAAUAUCUCUUCCAUCCCUCAAGAUGAGAGUGUGCUCUCUGCUGAGCUCCGCCUCCGUCGCAGUGACGGAGCAUCUCUGGGUCCUGGACCCCACAGACUAAACCUAUACCUCUCUGAGCACCAUGAGGACCCUGAGCCCACUCUGCUGGAAACAAGGUUACUCACCAAUGGCCUCCGUAGUUAUAAAACAAGUGGUUUCUGGGAGGCUUUUAGUCUUAGCGCAGAACUCCUACAUGAGGCCCAUGCUGGGACUGGCAGCCUAGGAUUCCUCCUGGAGGUCAGACCUGAAAACACCACCUCACUUCCUGAGCAGAACCUCUCUUCUGCUGCAAGUGAGGGGACGGAGAAAUCAAAAGAGGCACACCUGAGGGUGUGCAGAUCUGUGGGACAAGACGAUCACAGCUGGGCCCAAGAGAGACCCCUCUUGGUUACUUACAGUCAUGAUGGUCGUGGACAGCCUUUAGUCAAACAUGGUAGAAGAAACCCUGGUAAUGGCCAGAGGAGAAAAGGAGCAAAGGCAAGGGUCAAGAAUAAAAACAAGGGUCUCAAUAGAAACCAAAUCUGGGGAAGGGACAAAAGAAUGGGGUAUACUGUGCCGAGCUGGGCGGAUGACAAAGGAGGAAUCAGUUGGAGCGAACGUGGCAGGGUGAAAAGAAACGGUGGUCGUUCUGCAAAACUGAAACGCCUUUCCCGCAAUAGAUGCCGCCGCCAUCCACUUUAUGUAGAUUUCAAUGACGUGGGCUGGGAAAAGUGGAUCAUUGCACCCAGUGGCUACGACGCCUUCUUCUGCCUGGGUGAGUGUCGCUUUCCUUUGGCUGACCACAUGAACUCCUCAAGCCACGCCAUGGUGCAAACUCUGGUAAACUCUGUGAAUGGAGCAGUGCCCCGGGCCUGCUGCGUCCCAACCUCUCUCAGUCCCAUCGCCCUGCUCUACCUGGACUCUCAAGACCGAGUUGUGCUGAAAAAUUAUCAGGACAUGGUUGUGGAGGGCUGCGGCUGUCGGUAGUGAGCUAGAGAACUCGGACCGAGUGACAAACUCACGUGGUCGGUGGGAAAAAAGAAGCAACAGAAGCAUGAAAAUGCAGAUGAGAGAAGGCAAGAAGAGACUCUAGAAGCCAACUAAUUUUAGACUGAGUGACAGAGACAAAUGUAGCAACAUACCAAGGAUGAGUGAGAGAUUGGGAAAGGGAUGAGAGAGAAACAGACAGACCCUUAUACAUAUAUAUAUAUAUAUAUAUAUAUAUAUAUAUAUAUAUAUAUAUAUGUAUAUGUAUAUAAUUAACAAGUAAUUAGAAAACAGGAGAGGAACAAGUGUUAUCAGAAAUAUGGUCAAACUGCCCUGUCGUUUAAUUUCUGCCAUUUAGCUACAAUGCAACAGUGCACAUCAUCAACCGACUGGUUGCUAUUACAGCAGAAGUGUAUAUUCAUGUUUGCUACACAUCUAGCUUUGACAAAGACGGUCUGACAGGCACAUGCAUAUGUGCUUAGCUUUUUUUAGAGCAGGGUUUACACAGUUCUUUACUGUUCUGAUGGACUUACUGAUGAUCGGCAGCAUUAGCAAUUUGACGAUGGCACCAGUGUGGCAUCCAGACUUUGAGACGGCGUUGUUUCUGCAGUAUUUGAACUGGGAAGAAGGGUUCAUAUGUUUUUAUGAAUGGUAAUAAAAUAAUAUACCCCUUCACAAACACUCCUUCAUCAAGCUAUUUAAAAACCACAACAAUAAUGCUGAGGAACUAUUAUGCUAUUAUUUGAAUGUACUAUUAACAUUAUUAUUUAAAUAAAAGAGACUUUUUUUUGUAAAUUUAUUUUGCAGACUGAGGAAAUCCAGUGAUAGUUGUCUUGUGAUUAUAUAUAAAUCCACUGAAUCCUGAUUCUAACUUAAAAGACACAUUAUCUAUUUAAAUAGCUGCAAUAUGGUGUAUUUAAUCUUUAACAUAUUUAAGAUACCUGCACUCAAUAGAGCAUACAGCAUAUUAAAAGUCUGCGAUCCAAAUGAAGUGACUUAAGGUAGCUUUACAUCCAUGCAAAUGUUCAGUGUAUUGAAUUAACAGUCUGUGUUACUUCUCAUGUUAUCAUUGAACACUUUUCAGUGUGCAACACACAAUAGCAGACGUAAGUGGUGUGGCCUACAAAAGCUCAACUAACAAGCCAAUUGUAAGCUCUGUGUAUUGUAGCUACUGACGUGUGUAACAACAGGUGUCUUAGCUAGUUGUGUCUGCAUGUGUCAAGAUUUUUUUUUUAAAGGAUGACUGAUGUUAAAACAGGGACUUUAGUGCCUUUCAAACAGGGGCUAUAAGUGUGUUCUCUGCUGAGCUUGGUAAAUGUUUCAGUGUUGCAUUCUUCUCUCUAAAUGGAAACAUUUAAACAAGAGCUUGUAAAAUGUUUGACAAUAUACCUCUAAUAAACAGCGCAAACAGCA